UUAAACAAACCUACCACCUCCUUCCAACUCUUCCAUUAAUUCUCUUUAUCUUUAAACAUAGAUAGAUACACAAAUCAUAACAAAAACAAAAAAAGAAGAAGAAAAAAAAAGAAAUAGAAGAGCAUGACUUCCAUCAAGCUCUCCUACACAAAGCUAAGCAAGUCCUAUGAAAGUUCAGAACAAGAAGAAGAUGAUCAAGUAAACAACAAAAAUAAAGAAGAAGAAGAAGAAGAAGAAGAAGAAGAGAGGGUAGUGAAGAGGAGUAGUAGUAGUAGUAGUAGUAGUAGUAGUAGGAUCAGGUGGCUGAGGCUGAGAAGUAGUGGCAAUGCAAAGAGGUUUUGGAGAAGGCCAAGAGUGAGGAUUGCAAGGCUGAGGAGAGUGUUGAAGAGGAAGGUGAAAGUGGUAAGGAAUGCAGUUGAUAAGGUUAUAACAAGGCUUAAACAAGGGAAGCCAUUUUUUGGGGAGUUGUUUGCUGGUAACUAUAUGUUCAUGCAGGUUAGUCCUUCACCAACUAUUCUUAUGCCUCUCACUAAUAAAAGUAUGGACAAGCUCAAAGUAAUCAAGCUCAAUAAUGGUAGAGUACAUUUGUCUUUGCAAUAACACCAUCUUCUUUGUUUUGUGGUGGUGGUGGUGGCUACU